AUGCAAGCGGGACAGUUCACACUACGCGACAUGUACGAGCAGUACCAGAACAUCAUGAAGAUGGGCCCCAUGAGCAAGAUCAUGGGCAUGAUCCCAGGCAUGGCUGAUAUCAUGCCGGACGGUGGUGAGGAGAUGAGCCAGAAGAGACUGAGGAGGCAGAUGACUAUCAUGGAUAGUAUGAACAACGCAGAGUUGGAUAGUGACGGCAAGGUGUUCUAUCGCGAGCCCACUCGUAUGCUCCGCCUGGCGAAAGGGUCUGGUACUUCAGUCAGUGCGGUGCAGGAGACACUCGACGGCUACAACACGUUUGCUAAUAUGGUUAAGAAAAUGGGGGGUAUACAGAAUAUGAUGGGUAUGUAG